CGUGUGUACACAGUACAUACAUGGAAAAAAGACGAGACACCAUAACGUCACAUAAUGGAUUGAUUAUGAUUAUCAUUACUACUACCAAUACUACUCCUCUUCUCUCCUUCUCCCUCUCCCUUUAACUCUCACCUUCUAAUCGACUAAUCAACCUAAAAGUGCCUCGAUGCCACAGAAUCACUCCCUCAAUUGCAUUUGCUACAUAGUCCACGGUCCAGUCCAAUCCAAUCUACAUCCUUCCCUCAGUGCACACGAGACAAGAAAUAGAUGACCCAGUAGUUGUCUCGACCGUUCCAAGAACCAGGGCCUAAUAAUAUUGACAUCUCGAACCCCCAACGUAUUCUCUUCUCCUCCCGGGAAAUUUUUGGGGAUAUAAUUACCUACGCUGCCAUGCCCUCAAGGAUACUGUCACCCACUCCCUACUCGUACUACCGGCGCGCAUCAACCUCAAUCCUACACGACCCCAGGCUGCGCACCUCACGAUUCUCCAUCCCCGCCAUGACAGCCCCGACAGACCCAGGAACCUGCUUCCUGCUCGACAUGCUCCCUCCUGAGCUUCGGCUCUCCAUCUACGAGUACCUGAUCGUCGCAGAGCAGCCGCUCCGUGGCGUUUCCGCCCGCAAGGAUGAGCGCUACGGUCUAGACCUCACCAUCCUCCGCACCAAUCGCCAGAUCUACGACGAGGCUCGAUCUGUCUUCUUCGCCAAAAACACAUUCUACAUCACUAGCAUCCCAGAUCUCGACAUCCAAAUCGACGAUGAGGGAGAAGGACCAGAAGAGGAGGAAGAAGAAAAUGGUCACGACCGUUACCAAACCACAUCCCCGACCCCCAAACCUCGCCAUCACCACCACCAAUUCGAACCGCCCCUUACCCAAGAAUCCUGGCCCUUAAUCCGGCACCUCACCAUCGACCUUCUGUACUACCCGCGCCGCUCCAUCACGGGUAACGCCUUCCCAAUGGGCUGGAAGCCCACAGACCCAGGCUGCGCGGCCUACAUCCACGCCCUGAUGUCCCUCCUCCCGUCCCUGUCCCCCAAGCUCCGCUCGCUCUCCCUGACAGCCACCGUCCACGACCCGUUCUGCGCGCGCAAGUGCCUCAUCUCCUUCUUCAUGUGCGACCGCGACCGCACGUUCGCGCGCGCCCUCGCCGCCAUCUCCCACUCCGUCACCUCCAUCCCCAUCAGCUUCGAGUUCCCGGACUGCUACUACCGCACCGUCGUCCGCAAGGACGUCUUCCUCACCAAGAGCAUCCUCCUGCUCGCCUGCCAGGUCAUGUUCUGCCAGAGCCAGUGCAGGAUCGACGAGCUGCUCAGCCAAUUCGAUGGCGGGAACGGGGGCGCAGGCGGGAGGGCCAAGGGGUCUGCGGGCGGCGGAGGCGCGUACGGCGGGGCGCAGAGGGAGAAGACGGAUUUGAGUCCGUAUGUCGAGCAGGGAACUUGGGCCGGUGGUGUCGGUGCCAGUGUAGGUGCCAAUGCUGGCCUCAGUGCUGGUAUUAAGAGCGUCAUGGACAGGUCGCUGCGCUGAUCUAGAGGGUGCCGUCGUUUUCGUUUUGAGGGCAGAGCAAUCCAUUUUAUCUCAAAAGGCUCACUUUUCAUGGACAGGCGUUAGGGAAAAGGACUAUGGGUUUCAAAAUCGCUUUCUCUUUUCUUUUGUCACGGCAUUCCCUCGAAAGUGGCGUUUGGGAAGGAACGAUAGGGUUCAAUUGCUUUUAUACUUUCACGUCUGGCAUAGGGAAAAGAUGCUUGCACCUCAUCGCCAUCAUCAUCACCGUCAUCAAGGCGUUCACGUGUGUGGGACGGGUUAAUUAGGAUCUUGAAAUACUUUGGCCCGAUAAUCAAUGAUAAUUCUCGAAAUCUUCAUGGCAUUAUAGCUUGCUCCUUGCA